ACACACACACACAUGCACGCACGCACACACAUUCCUUUCCAGUCACUCUGAGGGGCAGGCACAGAGCAUGCUAGAAGCCUAAAGCAAAGAAUCCUGCACAGUCGCUUGGUCACAGACAGAACUGAGUUAGCAGAACAUGAAAGAGAGAGAGCGCACCAGGGGAGGUCUGACGGCACAGUUCAUACUCUGCGUGCUGCAUCUCUUUAUGGACACCUGGCUUCAGAACCUCAGCCACACAUUGCCUAUGUAAUAGCUGUCAAUGCGUACCACGUGCACAAAACUUUUCAAGACACUUCUUUUUUCUCCAAAGGGAUACACUGGACAACAGUACUACACUUUACAAGUGUGAGGAUACAACCAGACCAGCAAUGUUCUCAACAGGUUCUUUCCCAAGGAGGUCCCAUAUGGACACUGCAUAUCUUGAACCACUGGACACUCUAACAGGCUUCUGAUUCAGGACUAGUUUAAGCAACAAGAUAUAUCCAGAGGAAUCCUCGAAAAGAUCUGCUUGACAGCUCUGUAUCCUUGAUCUUUUCCUUGGUGCUGACAUGCUCUGGUGGACACUUUCCUAUCGCUCCCUGUGUUUAGCAGCUCUGCUGGUAGUGGCCAGUUGUAUUGGGAGUGAGCAGAAGAGAGGAGCAGAUGAAGGAUCACGAAGCUCCUCUGGGAGGGCCAGCAGCACAGGAGGUUCCUCUAGCCGCAGGUAUCACCGGCUCCAGCACGGCCAAUGUACCUACACCUUCAUCCUCCCAGAAGGCGACGGAAAUGCUGGUGCAUCAUGCCGUGAGACGAAAGCAGGCACUCAGUACAAUGCUAAUUCACUUCAGAGAGAUGCUCCUCCACCUGAACCUGACUACUCGAACCAGAAGAUUCAACAGUUGGAGCACAUCAUGGAGAACUACACACAGUGGUUACAGAAGAUUGAGACCUACAUCAAAGAGAGCAUGAAAGCAGAGAUGGCACAGUUACAGCAAAGCGCCGUCCACAAUCGCACAGCAGCCAUGCUGGAAAUGGGAACCAAUCUGCUCUCUCAGACAGCUGAACAGACCCGCAAGCUGACUGAUGUCGAGACUCAGGUUUUGAAUCAGACAUCCAGGCUGGAGAUUCAGCUGCUGGAGAACUCAUUGUCAACAAACAAGCUGGAGAAGCAGCUCAUGGUGCAGACCAAUGAGAUCAGUAAACUCCACGAUAAAAAUGGAUUUCUGGAGCUGAAGAUGCAGGAAAUGGAGGCGAGGCACAGGCAGGAGCUGGAAGUACUGAGGGAAGAGAAGAGCAAUCUGCAGGCACUUGUGGUCAGGCAGAGUGGUGUGAUUCUUGAGCUGGAGACCCAGCUGGGCAAAGCUUCGGGCAACAGCACAGUGCUGCAGAAGCAACAGCAGGACCUGAUGAACACCGUGCACAGCCUUCUCAACCUCUGCUCCAAGGAUGGAGUGGUGCCCAACAGCACAAAACAAGCCGACGAGGAGAAGAAAUUCCGGGACUGUGCUGAUCUCUAUGAGGCAGGCUUCCAGAAAAAUGGAAUAUACACCAUCAACAUUAGUCCACAAGAAACUAAAAAGGUAUACUGUAUUAUGGAAUCUGCAGGGGGAGGAUGGACCAUAAUUCAACGCCGAGAUGAUGGUAGUGUCGACUUUCAGAGGACAUGGAAAGAGUACAAGAUGGGCUUUGGGAGUGUGUCAGCUGAACACUGGCUGGGGAACGAGUUCGUGUACAUGCUGACCAGUCAGAGACAGUACUCGCUCCGUGUGGAGCUCACUGACUGGGAUGGACACAAGGCCUUCUCCCAGUAUGACCGCUUUCACAUCGGCAGUGAGAAAAACAAGUACAGAUUGUCCUUAAAAAGCCACAGUGGGACUGCAGGCAGGCAGAGCAGUCUCGUGAUCCAUGGAGCAGACUUCAGCACCAAAGACAUGGACAAUGACAACUGCAUGUGCAAGUGCGCCUUGAUGUUGACCGGAGGCUGGUGGUUUGAUGCCUGUGGCCCAUCAAACCUGAACGGGAUGUACUACACCCAGGGACAACAUGUUGGCAAACUCAAUGGCAUCAAGUGGCACUAUUUCAAAGGGCCAAGUUACUCUCUCCGUGCAACUGCCAUGAUGAUUCGACCUCUGGACUUUUCAUAGACCUUCUUUAAAAAAUCCACUGUGUAGGUGGGAACAUUGUUUAAAAAAAAAAAAAAGGCUGACAUUUGAGGCGAUGAUUCAUUAUAACAGGACACCCUAUAAGUGGUUUGGUACGCUCUGUGUACUGUAUGAUACAUGGAUUAUGUGACACUCAUUUGCAAUAAUCAACCUUUUAUGGGAAAAAAGGGCUGCAGGAAAGAGAAGCGGCUUCUAUUAUUAUCACAGGAGAUGAUUAACUCUCUGGGGAUUUAAGAGCGCAUUCUUGACUGGCUUUUAUUUUUAUAUAUCAGAGAUAUGAACUCGAGUGCCAUUGCUGGGUCACUGUCAGCUGCCGAGGCGGCCAAAUCACCUUUGAUAGGAGUAGACUGGAUGAUACUGCACACGUAGAAGCCUGUGGCUCAUUUGGUACCCCAAUGAACUUGCAGCAGCUGGAAAGAUUUCCAAAAACCAAAAGUGAGCCACUGACUUGGACUUUUUGUACAAUGUUGUUGCACAGUUACCACUGACCCACAUUAUGUUGUAUUAUUACACGUUUUGUACCUACACACAUUUUUGUACAUGAUUCUUGUCAAAACAGAGAAGGAAACCUAGCGUACAGCUUACAAAAGUCAAAUAAUGUAUAAUGUGAAGAAACGUUUGAUAUGGAAUCUAGAAAAUAGGGUUUGGCUCAUGGUACUUUUGCCAGAUUGUGUUUAUUUCAGAGUCCAGUUUUUAUUAUUACUGGCUAUUCUAUUAAUACUGGCUAUUAUUACUUUGAUGACCUUUAGCUGCAUUAUCGCUAGCAGUCACAAUUAGAAUACAGGCCAGGGUUCAUGUGUACAAUAUGAACUCUUACCCGAGUUAGAUUCAGUUAGCUGAAUGUAUGUAAGAAUAUAUGUAAAAAGGUUGCUCUGCUGUAACAUAUACCUUGUUUAAUUACUCAUUAAACACAUUGUGAAUCAAAAUCAGAUGUAUUAGAGAAGGAAAACCAAAAUUCUUGAAGUGCAGGCACUGUCCAGGGCCAGGACAUGAGAAACAUGACUUUAUGCUUGAGCGUCAUGGUAUGAAAUUACUCCCUGCCCUUUCUUUACUAUCAAAGAUUAAUUGUACUAUCCAUUAUUUUAAAUACAGGAAACAUUUUUUAUGUGUUUUAUGCAAUGCAUCAUUGUUUUACAUAACAGCUUAAAUAUGGAUACAGUCCAAAUGUAUCAUUUUAAUAUGCAAAAAAAAUAAUAAUAUUAAUGUCUUUUGUAUGCCUUUACUGUCUAUUUGGAGUGCAUGGCAGACGGAUUGUAUUUUUAGGUUGUGGAUCAUUAUGCAAACACAAUAUCUUAAAAGAGAUCUAAAGCACCCACAAUGUCUUUUGACGAGUAGCGAAGAAUACAGCCUGUUUUUUGUUCAUCUGUGAAGUUGAAAAUGCUGUUUUAAUACGUCCCAGCUGAAGGAUAGUAAAAGUGAAAUGGCUCAUUUUAGUGCACUGUACUUCAUAACUAGCAGCAUGGAACAACUGCAUACAGUUAUCUGCUUUGUGUUACGAAGAAAAAAAGAAACAACAGGUAAUUUUAUAGAUAAGACGUACAGCAUCUGGAGCAUAUUAAAUAAUAGCAUGCCAUUUAUUAACAGCCUUAAAAUAUUGUAAUUUAAUGUGUGUUCCUUGCUGUCCUGAGGAAUGAGGGUUUUUAUAUUGUCUCAGAGCCAUAGGAGCUGCUCUGAACAGAAUUAGUUGAAAUAACAAUUCUAGAGCAGGAUGCCUUCAAAACUUUGCUAUUACCUCAUAAAACUGUACAUUUGCCAUUUUAUUUAAACACUUAAUUCUUUGUAACAGUCAUCAUUUUGUGAU